UGCGUGAGUGCGUGGCUCCGAGUCCGACUGAGAGCAAGCGGGGGAUACGACUAUACGAGAGGCGACUUCCACUCCCGUCGCACAGUCGCCGCCGGAGGCCGCGCGCGCCGCCGUCUCGCCACGCUUGCGCGCCCCGCCGCCGCCGGCGCAGCUCGUCGGAAGCACUAGGGUUGCCUUCCGUUCUGGGAUUCGCUUUUCCUCCGACACAGUCCUCAAAUACAGAGGAUUAACUACCAGCAGCGCGAUGAAAUCAUAUAGACUAUCCGAGCUCAGCGACACUGAGGUUAGCGGCCUCAAGGCUCGUCCCCGCAUCGAUUUCUCGUCCAUAUUUGGCACGGUGAAUCCAAUCGUUGAGGAUGUCCGUGUCAGAGGAGAUGCAGCAGUUAAGCACUACACAGAAAAGUUUGACAAGGUCACGCUCGAUGAUGUUGUUGUUCGUGUUAGCGAUCUUCCAGAUGCAGAGCUUGAUCCAGCUGUGAGGGAAGCCUUCGAUGUUGCAUAUGACAAUAUAUAUGCCUUCCAUGUUUCACAAAAAUUACCCGAGAAGACAGUUGAAAAUAUGAAAGGGGUAAGAUGUAAGAGAAUAACAAGGUGCAUUGGUUCUGUCGGGCUGUAUGUCCCAGGUGGCACUGCGGUCUUGCCUUCGACUGCAUUGAUGCUUGCUGUGCCUGCACAGAUUGCUGGAUGCAAAACUAUUGUCCUUGCCACACCACCUAGCCGUGAUGGUAGCAUAUGCAAGGAGGUGCUAUACUGUGCAAAGAAAGCUGGUGUGACACACAUAUUGAAAGCUGGAGGAGCUCAGGCAAUCUCAGCAAUGGCAUGGGGAACUGCAUCGUGCCCAAAGGUUGAGAAGAUUUUUGGGCCUGGUAACCAGUAUGUAACAGCUGCCAAAAUGAUUCUUCAGAACAGUGAAGCUAUGGUAUCUAUAGACAUGCCUGCUGGCCCUUCUGAAGUUUUAGUCAUUGCUGAUAAAUACGCGAACCCAGUUCAUGUUGCUGCUGAUCUGCUAUCUCAGGCAGAACAUGGUCCAGAUAGUCAGGUUGUUCUAGUUAUUGCUGGAGAUGGUGUUAAUUUGGGUGCCAUUGAGGCAGAGGUUAGCAAGCAGUGCAACGCGCUUCCAAGAGGUGAAUUUGCUUCAAAAGCACUUAGCCACAGCUUCACUGUGUUUGCCAAAGAUAUGGUUGAGGCGAUAUCAUUCUCAAAUCUGUAUGCCCCUGAACAUUUGAUCAUCAAUGUAAAGGAUGCUGAGCAGUGGGAGGAGCUCGUUGAGAAUGCAGGGUCAGUUUUCUUGGGCCAAUGGACCCCAGAGAGCGUGGGCGAUUAUGCAAGCGGAACAAACCAUGUCCUUCCAACCUAUGGUUACGCAAGGAUGUACAGUGGUGUAUCACUGAACUCUUUCCUCAAAUACAUUACUGUCCAAUCCCUAACAGAGGAAGGACUGAGAAAGCUGGGUCCAUACGUCGCGAAGAUGGCCGAAGUGGAAGGGCUAGAAGCGCACAAGAGAGCCGUUACCCUUAGGCUGCAAGAGGUUGAGGCCUCUGUAACCGUAUAGCUGCUGUCAUGAUUCAUUUGUAAUGUUCAAAGUCGGUGUGGGAUGUUGGAAUUGAACUAUUGAUCUGGAAUGUUAGAAAGAGGCGUUUCAACUGGUACUACAAAUAAUGCUCAUUGCACUCUGAUAUGUUUCACGAAUAAACAUGAGCAGAACUUAUUGUAUAUGUAGUGUUCUCGCAUUA